CGAGCUUCCACCAUUCGCUUCUCUCCGUCCAUCCGUCGUCGUCUUCAUCGCUCGGGAGGAGAAGAGAAGAAGGUUAGGGUUCCGGUGGGUUAUGGGAUGUCGACCGAAAAGCCACCAGUGGAGCUCGUGAAGGGCAUCAAUGGCCUUGACAAGAUCGUCCUCCGUGAGAUCCGUGGAUGCUCCGCGGAGGUGUAUCUUUACGGAGGUCAUGUGACAUCGUGGAAGAAUGACCAUGGAGAAGAGUUGCUUUUUGUUAGCAAUAAGGCCAUAUUCAAGCCUCCAAAAGCAAUACGAGGGGGUAUUCCAAUAUGUUUUCCUCAAUUCUCAAACUUUGGAUCUCUUGAACAACAUGGCUUUGCAAGGAAUAGGUUUUGGAGCAUUGACACUGACUCACCACCUUUUCCAACCAAUAGCACCAGCAAAGCUUUUGUUGAUUUGAUCCUCAAGCCAUCUGAUGAAGAUUCCAAGAUCUGGCCUCAUAGUUAUGAAUAUCGUCUAAGGGUUGCUUUGGGACCUGGAGGAGAUCUGAUGUUGACAUCUCGCAUCCGAAAUACUAACACAGAUGGAAAACCAUUCUCUUUCACAUUUGCAUAUCACACGUACUUCUCUGUUUCUGAUAUCAGUGAAGUUCGGGUUGAAGGACUGGAGACAUUGGACUACCUUGACAACUUGAAGGAGCGGGAAAGGUUUACAGAACAAGGAGAUGCAAUAACAUUUGAAUCUGAAGUGGACAAAAUCUAUCUAAGCACACCAACCAAAAUCGCCAUUCUAGAUCAUGAGAAAAAACGAACCUUUGUUCUACGGAAAGACGGUCUUCCAGAUGCUGUUGUGUGGAAUCCUUGGGACAGGAAGGCAAAAGCAAUGGCUGAUUUCGGUGAUGAUGAAUACAAACACAUGCUUUGUGUUGAGGCUGCAGCUAUUGAGAAGCCUAUCACUUUGAAACCUGGUGAGGAAUGGAAAGGAAGGCUGGAACUCUCCGCUGUUCCCUCUAGUUACUGUAGUGGCCAACUGGACCCUGCAAAGGUUCUCAAUGGCUGAACAAUUGGGUGCACUGAUUAUACAGGUACUGAUUUCAUCAUUGUUCUUCACCGAUGGCUGCAGGCACCUGUAUCUACGUUUUGCUGAAUCUAAUAACGAAGACUCUAUUUCGACGUACUCCUUUUAUUCUGGGUACAAUGUUGGGGGUGUAGUAUAUUUUGAUCAAAUACGGCGAUGAGGACUUAAUCGCACGUGUAUUUGGAAGAGGUUGAUGAAAAGUCAGAUCAUGCACUACUUUCGUUUUCUUGUAAGUAUAUCAUGUCAAGAAGACACUCUGAAUGAAGGUGCCUUAAGUAUUAGCAAGGCAUGCAUGUUUGAAUUUGAACUCUACUCUCUUUUCUAUUUGUUUUCUUUA